AAUCCUUGAUACGAAGCUGUUAGAAAGCCUCGGGCAUUGGCAGCUUAGUAAGACUGCACUUAUCUGUAUUCAUUAAAAUCGUCUAUGAAAUGGGCACACAAUACUAAAACAAUCGUAUCAACGGGCUGAAUCGAAUAUUUUGGGCACCCAGAGAAAAAAGUGUUGCCCAACAACAGAGAGCAGCAGAUGCUAGACAGCAAAGGAGCGUUUAAAACAUUACUUCUACCAUUUAGUAAGUACAACAGGUACUGGACUAAUCACCAUGCGACGCACUCAGCAAAGAUCCCUAAAGUGCUGCUUUAGAGAAGCGGUGCUCCGUGCAACCAACAGUGGAGAGAGGACGCGGCGGCGCGGUCGGGGAAGCACGUUCAGACGCCGACCUUGCUCUGACACGCAGUCUCUGUCGCUGCCGGGGCCAGAGACCUCGGCUCGGCCUCCGCAUUGCACGCGUGCGCUGCGGGGUCAUUGCCCGAACCCCGGCAGCUGAGCGGCGGCGAUCAGCCGACGCCGCGUCAGUGAACCGAUACUGUGACGCUAACAACGACCAAAGGUCUCGCGCGCUCUAAAAAUAAAAAUAAAAAAUAAACCUAAAAAAAAAAUAAAAACGAAAGAAAAGAGCGGAAUACCGCCGAUAAUUUUUUUCUCCACGGGGAGGUUCAUCGGAAAGCCUGAUGCAAGGUCGCCCGUGUGUCCCGAGGUCGCAGAAGCACGCGCACAGUUCAUUCACUUCGGGAGAUCAGCGCAAAAUAGAAACUGACGGCAAUAUUUGCGGAAUACAAGCUAUCCGAGUUCGCCAAGCAGAAUCACUGGAAAUUGCACUGUUGACGGCAGCGAUUCAACGUCCUCAAGGAUGGGAUCACAAAAACGAUCAGUUUCGCAGGCAGACGACAGCCUAAGUUUCCGGAUUAAGUUAAUGACUCCUUCAAAUUCAAUCACGAGAAAAUCCAUUGGAAAAAAACCUGCUGUCGCAUAGCUGCGGCACUGAGAUUGCUCGUGAAUCGGAAAAACAUUGCGAACAAACGUCGUUAAGAAUGGAACGCAGUGCACGCCCAUCGGAAUCGAAAGAACUUGCAGGUAUAGGAAUGCAUUAUGUCAACCGCCCAAACGACAAAGGACGAAGAAGGAAACACACAGGACAGGCGCGGCACAUCAACUUCAACGUUUAUCAACGUUCGCAGGUGAGGAGCGUGCCACCAAGCGGCACGGCAACAAGCGAUUUGCCCAAUACAGACUUAUCACCAUCGCGAACAACACCACCACCAACGACAACAGGCAAGACGAUGAAGACACUGUACUUGUUGUUCCGGUCAUCAGGCUAACCAGACCAGGCCUCUCUGACAAGCGCACGUGCAAAAAGAAACACCAGGAACCGUUUGUUGAAUGUGUGGAAGCAGUUGUUUACAACCUUCCUUUAAAGUGUGGGAAGAACUACGUGCGGCAAAGCGGAAGGUGCCUCAACAAGCGUUUAAGGGAACACCGGUAUAAUGCAGCAGAAAAGCGGGGUGGCUUCCUUGACGCUCACUGCAGGCAUUGCAAUUGCACUGUUGCCGGGGUGGAUGAUGGUGACCACUCGACGUGUGCUCCAGCAUACAGAGACUGCUCCAUUGUGGGAAGAGCCCGAGGUAGGAUAACUCGCGAAAUUAUAGAAGCAGAAAUGAUUGAUAGGCUUGGGGAUAACUGUGUGUCAAAAUCAUCGAUUACCCUUUCCCGCAAAGAGUUAUCGUACCUGCGCAAUGCUGUGUAAGGGAUUUUUGCAAACAGCGCAUGUAUGAUGUACGCGAAAAAGUUGUAUAUAUGUAUGGGUCCCUUGCUCGAAAUAAAGAUUGUUGCAAGUUAGCGCC